AUUAUAACCUCCUUGAUAUAAACAUUGGUAACUCUGCGGCAAAGAAUAAAAAUGUGUUGUGUACGUGCGUGUUCGCUUGUUCUUAACGGCGGCAGAUAGUACACCCCAAUAUAAACGUAGUGGCAUUCUAAGAUAACGAACUGGAAGAAGAGGGGAACACUACCACCCAAUCGGAAGCUCCAAUACCAAACAUUUCAGUCGUAACGAAGCUCUCGAUUGAUUGCAUGAUAGUGUUCCCCUCUCCAUCAAGCAAGAGACAUGUAAGUGCCACAGUGUUGAAAUUGGACUGUGCUCUGACUGCAGGAGUCGCACGACAGGCGCAAUAUACUCUCUGAGGCGCACGGGGUGGUUUUGGAUUGUUGAGUAGAUGGGACAAUGCAGAGGGACGGUGUUCUUUCGUGGAGGACUAGUUGUUCGUUUGUAAAUUUCUGAACAUUUGGCUGGAUGAUAUGAAUAUCAGUUCGAUUUCUUUGACUUAUUUUCAGUAACAUUCAUCUCCGUUUUACAAAAGAUUUAUUGGGAAAUAAUCAGCGUUCUGGUGAAAAUUUUUUAAGCCUAAUAAAAAUUCAAAUUCGUUGCCGGCCCGCACGGGAAGGAAAAUUUAUUUGUGGAAGUGUGUUAUUUUUAUUUUCAUAAGUAUUGUUUUGUGUGCCGUUUUUCGUGUUAUUUUAAUUCCAUAGUAUUGACCUCGUCCUUUCAAAUGACGAAGAUAAAUUAAUUAUAAUUAUUUGUAUUUAUUUGGUCAUUAAAUACGUGGAUCUAGUAACGAAAGAGGAUGUAUUCCGUUUUUGGGAUUCCUUUGGUUGGGACACUUUUUGUGCCUAUAUUGAUAGGUGCUUUAACGUUCGUGAUAUGGUGUGCAUGUGCUAGGAAGGAACAUGUACCUCUGAUAGAAACAAUUCCUUACAAAGAAAAUGAUAGUAAAAUUGUGAACGUUAGUGAAAUAAAUUCGAGUACAUUUUUGGAAAAAGACUCUAAAAAGAAAAAGAAGAAAUGUAAGAAGGAUGGAGGAUGUUGUUCCAAAACAGACAAAACAAGUGAAUCACAUCAAGAAAGUGUUGAAAUUAUUAAAAUAUUUUAUGCUACUCUUACAGGAAAAGCUGAGGAAUUCAGCAUAUCCUUAUCUAAGAAGUUAUCAGAAAUUGGAUUCAGGGCUGAAAUUAAGUCUGGGCGUUCGGUGUGUGUUUUUAUUUUGCCAACAUACACUGAUGGUACACCUCCACCUGAUGGAGAAUGGUUUUACAAGUGGUUGGAAGAAGCAUCUACCGACUUUCGAAUGGGGAAAUGUUUGUUGGAAGGCUUGAAGUAUGCAGUGUUUGGACUGGGAAACUCACAGUAUUCAGAACAUUUCAAUGUUGUAGGUAAGCGUGUGGAUCACUGGCUUCACAAAUUGCAGGCUAUCAGAGUUACUCGAUUAGGUCUUGGAAAUGAAGAUACUGCAAACAGCAGGAAUUGGAGCAUUGAAGAAGAUUUUAAUGCUUGGAGCAAUGUGCUGUUGUCCCGCUUAAAAAAGUGGCAAUUAUUAAAUGAGGAGAAAGAAAGUAAAUGUUGUUGCAAAGGCAGUGGUAAUAACACAGAAGAUAAUACUUGCAGUGAAUCUGAUAGUACUUCAAACGAUGGAAGUGAUUCUGAAGGUGGUGUUGUAGAUGUGGAGGAAUUGGGUCGCUUUUCUGGGCCUUUGAAAGAAGCAAAAAUUCAAGAUGAAGUACUUGAUGUAGGAAAAGAAAUGAUAACUCCUGCUCUAAGAGCAUCCUUGACAAAACAAGGUUAUCGCUUAAUAGGGUCUCACUCAGGAGUUAAGUUGUGUCGAUGGACAAAAUCAAUGUUGCGGGGUAGAGGAGGAUGCUAUAAGCAUAGUUUUUAUGGUAUUCAAAGCCACCAGUGUAUGGAGACGACUCCUAGUCUUGCUUGUGCCAAUAAAUGUGUUUUUUGUUGGCGCCAUCAUUCUAAUCCAGUAGGAACAGAGUGGAAAUGGAAAAUGGAUCAGCCGGAGGAAAUUCUUAAUGAAGCUCUAAAUCAACAUUACAAAAUGAUUUAUCAAUUUAAAGGGGUACCUGGUGUUCUUCCUGAGCGAUUAGAGGAAGGCUUACAUGCAAAACAUUGUGCUCUCUCUCUUGUUGGGGAACCAAUUAUGUAUCCUGAGAUAAAUAAGUUUGUGAACUUAUUACACAAGAAGGGAAUAUCAUCAUUUCUUGUGACUAAUGCCCAGUUCCCAGAUGCAAUGAGGGAAAUGAGCCCAGUGACACAGCUGUACGUGAGUGUUGAUGCCAGUACAAAGGAGAGUUUAAAGAAAAUUGAUCGCCCCCUUUUUAAAGAUUUUUGGGAGAGGUUCGUAGACAGUCUCAUUGCUCUCUCUGAAAAAGGUCAACGAACUGUUUACCGUCUUACAUUAGUAAAAGCAUGGAAUGUUGACGAGAUAGAAAACUAUGCAAAAUUGGUUGGCUUUGGGAAGCCUGAUUUUAUUGAAGUAAAAGGUGUAACAUAUUGUGGUACUUCAAAGGCUAGUAAUUUAAGUAUGGAAAAUGUCCCAUGGCAUGAAGAGGUAGUAUCAUUUGUGGAAAAAUUAGCAAAUUUGUUAGAUGAUUAUGAAAUUGCCUCUGAACAUGAGCAUUCAAACUGUGUUUUAAUCGCACAUAAAAAGUUUAAAGUGAAUGGUGAUUGGUGGACAUGGAUUGAUUAUGAUAAAUUCCAUGAGUUGAUACAAGAAUUUUAUUCCAGUAACGGAGAAAAGAAAUUCACAGCUUUGGACUACAUGGCAAAAACUCCAUCCUGGGCUACGUACGGUGCUAGUGAAAAAGGAUUUAAUCCUAAUGAGACACGAUGGUACCGCAAAAACCCAGCCCGUAAAGAUGUUAGUGGUUGUUGAUCAAAAAUAUGUACUGAAAUUGAUUUAAGACUGAUUGUAACAAUUUUGAGACUAUUUAAGUGUCUUUAUAUUAGUGUGGUAAUAAAUUAUAUUAAUUCUGAU